GUUCGCGUGCGGAGCAGACGAUACUUUAAUGGAAGAAAUACGUGAAGUAAUUUGGAAUUACGUAUUUAUUUUAAAUUGGAUAUGUUGAAUUUUGUAUUUCUAUACCUUUUUAUUCUUCAUCAAAAUGAACCGGUGCAAUCACGUGAUAUAGUUGCUGUUUUGGCAAAAGAAAAACACAAAAACCUGAAACUCCUUGAAGAUACACUGAAAGAUGAGAGCCAGCUGCAUGGGUGGAAUGGAGGUGUAAAAGUCAUUAAAUUAAACUCUACCAACCCUAUCACAGCACUGGAGAAAGUUUGUUCUGUGAUGGCGGAUGGAGCAGUUCUGUUGAUUGACAUGGCUGAUCCUUUGACGGGUCAACUGUUAAGGUCGUUUGCACGUUCCGCAGGAUUACCGUACGUUACACUUUUAGACAGAUCUACACUAAUAGAAAAAGACUUUGAUCCCGACCUACAUCUGGAAGUUGAGCCCCCAGGCUCGGUCAUGAUGGGCGUGGUCCGUGACGUCAUAACUCACGAAAAUUUAACCAGGAUUGCUGUUCUGUACGAUAACUCGUUUGAUUUGGACAAAAUCCCUAAAAGAUACCUAUCAGGUCUUUCAGCUCAGCAUCUUUUUCAGGAAAUCAUUUCCACUACCCACAAUGCAACACUAGAGCAACUAUAUCGAUUGGAGGAAAAUCAAAUUAGAAAUUUUUUCAUUGUGGCGAGCAAGGAGAAUGUCAUGAAAAUUUUGGAAACGGCGAGCAGUACAAGAUUAAUGGAGGAAAAAUAUCGUUGGUUUGUGCUAACCAAGGAUAUGAGUAUCACUUGCCAGGGAUGUAAGAAUCAUGGACGUGGGACGGUUAUCCUGAUAACGGGCCGUCCCAACAACGAAAUUAUGGAGAAUAGUUAUAUCCCCUUCAUCCGGGGACUCUCGAAGUAUAUUUCAACCUUCACAGCGGAAGGGUCUAAUGUAGAUGAAGCGUUCUUGUUUGAUUUAAUGAACUUGAUAGGAACAAAACUUGUAGAGCAGAACGUACAAAAAUCAAUGAGCCUUAAUCAAAGUGAGUGUUACAGCGUCAUAGGACCGGAAGCGGAAGUAUUCAACCAAAGCCGGAUGUUUAUUCAAAGCUUUCAAAAUAGUUCUAAAAAUGGAGUAUUUGGACCAUUGUAUUUUAAAAACAACGUUCUUAAACAAAGACUAAUUUUGUCCAUUAAGCGGUUAACAUUUUCUAAACAGGCGCAAUCUACUGAGCUGCUUGGUAAUUGGACGGAGGAGAUGGGACUAAGGCUCUUUGACUCAAGUUUAUUGAAACCACCCGGAAAGAAGAAGUACAAGAUUGUAGUCGUCCCCACUUAUCCGCCUUUUGUGAUAGCCAAGGGAAAUAACUCUUUUGACGGGUACUGUAUGGAUCUCCUCCACGAGAUCCAGAAAAUACUGAAGUUUGACUACGAGUUAUAUUCCAGUCCUGAUGGACUGGUAGGAUCAAUGGACGAAAAAGGACAUUGGAACGGAAUCGUCAAGGAGCUGAUGGAAAAGCGAGCUGACAUUGCAAUAGGUCCAAUAUCCGUAAUGGCGGAAAGAGAGAACGUGAUUGAUUUCACAGUCCCUUACUACGACUUAGUGGGGCUGACCAUUCUCCUGAAGAAACCAGAGUUUGAUUACGAGCUGUUUAAGUUUCUGGUUGUCCUAGACGAGAAAGUCUGGCUCUGCAUCAUUGCUGCUUACUUCCUAUUUAGCGGACUUUUAUACGUCUUCGAUAAAUUGAGUCCGUAUAGUUACCAAAACAACAAGAAGAAUUACGAAAACGUGACACCGGAACCCCGGGUCUUUACCAUCAAAGAGGGGAUAUGGUUUUGUAUGAUGUCACUCACACCUCAAGGCGGAGGUGAGGCGCCACGAGCUCUUUCAGGCCGCCUUAUUGCUGCUACGUGGUGGUUGUUUGGGUUCAUUGUCAUAGCAACAUAUACAGCCAAUCUAGCUGCGUUUUUGACUGUGUCUCGUUUGGAAGAACCAAUCAAAUCCUUAGACGAUCUAUCCAGUCAGCAUACUGUUAAAUACGCACCGCAUAAUGGCAGUGCAGCUAUGGUGUACUUCCAGAGAAUGGCAGAAAUUGAACAAAGAUUUUACAGUAUUUGGAAGAAUAUGAGUUUGGACGAUACCUUAGACCCUGUAGAGAGAGCCAAACUGGCGGUGUGGGAUUACCCGGUCAGUAACAAGUAUACCAAACUUUGGGAAACCAUGAAACUCUCGGGAUUUCCAAACUCGCUGGAUGAAGCACUCUCCAGCGUAAAGAAUGGGACAUUCGCAUACAUAGGAGAUGCCGCGGAGAACCAGUAUCAGACGAUGAGGUCGAUGGAGAACUGCGACCUCUGGCAAGUUGGCGAGGAGUUCAGCAGGAAACCCUUUGCUCUGGCUGUCCAGAACGGGUCGCCAUUAAGGAACGAUCUCUCAACUGCGAUACUUCAGCUCCUUAAUCAACGAAUGCUUGAAAAAUUAAAGAAAAAAUGGUGGGAUAAAAAUAAAGUAAAGUGUCCUAAACUGGAAAAUGAGAGCGAGGGCAUUAGUCUGAACAACAUUGGCGGGGUUUUUAUCCUAAUCGCGGGAGGGGCUGCUCUAGCGCUCGUGUGUCUGGGUUUCGAACUCUAUUUCUUCAAGUACAAGCCGAGGCAAGCGUCAAAGAACUACGGUGUGGCAAAAAGCCAUUCUAAAGCAAACCUUCCAGCUGACAAAGGGACAAAGAAAGAAAAUGGCGUCAACAAUACAUGGUCUGACGAAAAUCUAGAAUCUUCGUGUGAAAGAAGCAACGGAAGUAUGGAAAAUCCGAGUGUAUUCAACAGAUCAGCGCGUGGAGUCACUUUUUCUCUUGGAGAGAGUCUUUAGUAUGAAUGUGGACAAUGAAUAUAAACAUUGCAUUGAUUCCUGUACAGUGACCUAGUAAAAGUUGUUAAUGUUGUUUAAACACGUAUGUGUGGGGACUUUCCAUAUAGCGUCUACUUAAUUUGUAGGCAGUAUUAAUAUAUACUUAAUGAAUGAAUAAUGUACAUAUGUUCAAAGACUUCCAAAAUAGUUCGUGGACAUUAACGUUUUUGUCAUGUUUAACAUACCGCAUAGCAAAAUAUUUUUUUUUAUGAAAAUCCAAGUUAAAAUAGUUGGUCUUAAAUGUUUUGUAAAAAAUCGCUGUCUU